AUGAACUUUGCUGGCUUGCUUGUGUGUUUGCCACCACCUCUCUCUCUCUCUCUCUCUCUCUCUCUCUCCCCACCUCUCUCUCUCUCUCUCCCCACCUCUCUCUCUCUCUCUCCCCACCUCUCUCUCUCUCUCCCCACCUCUCUCUCUCUCUCUCCCCACCUCUCUCUCUCUCUCUCCCCACCUCUCUCUCUCUCUCUCCCCACCUCUCUCUCUCUCUCUCCCCCUCUCUCUCUCCCCUCCCCUCUCUCUCUCCCCCCUCUCUCUCUCUCCCCCCUCUCUCUCUCUCUCCCCACCUCUCUCUCUCUCCCCACCCUCUCUCUCUCUCUCCCUCUCUCUCUCCCCCUCUCUCUCUCUCCCCUCUCCUCUCCUCUCUCUCUCUCUCCCCCCUCUCUCUCUCUCCCCCCCUCUCUCUCUCUCUCUCCUCUCCUCUCUCUCUCUCUCUCUCUCUCCCCUCCUCCCUCUCUCUCUCUCUCCCCCCUCUCUCUCUCUCUCUCUCCCCACCUCUCUCUCUCUCUCUCCCCACCUCUCUCUCUCUCCCCACCUCUCUCUCUCUCUCUCCCCCCUCUCUCUCUCUCUCCCCACCUCUCUCUCUCUCCCCCUCUCUCUCUCUCCCCACCUCUCUCUCUCUCCCCCCCCUCUCUCUCUCCCACCUCUCUCUCUCCCCCUCUCUCUCUCUCCCCACCUCUCUCUCUCCCCCUCUCUCUCUCCCCACCUCUCUCUCUCCUCCCUCUCUCUCUCUCUCUCCCACCCCUCUCCUCUCUCCCCCCCCCCCCCUCUCUCGCUCCACCCCCCUCUCUCGCUCCGCCUGAGAUUUUUGUGCAUGCUUAUUUAUAUUUCAGAUUCAACAAACUGUAUCCGCACAUGGCUGCUCGCAAAGAGACCCUUCAACAGGCAUUAGCCUGGCACCAGUUCAACUUUGAUGUGGACAAUGAGUUGCAAUGGAUUAAGGAGCGGCUACAUGCAGUCAUUUCUACAAAUUAUGGCAAAAAUCUCUUAGAAGCUCAGAACCUUCAUACAAAACACCAGAAAUUGGAGGUUGAAAUUCAAGCCCAUCAGCCAAUGAUUGAUAAAGUUUUGUCACAUGGAAAUGAAUUGGUCAAGGGAGAUCACUUUGCUUCUAAGUCUAUAAAAGACAAAUGUCAAGAUUUACAGCUCUCUUGGGAUGAUCUUCUCAGCAAAUCCAAGACGAGAAAGAAGAAUCUGGAUUUGUCUUUACAAGCUCAGAAGUAUUUAUCGGAGGUGGCAGAGGUAAUGUCUUGGAUUGAUUACAAAAUCAAUGUACUGUCUAGUAAUGAUUAUGGUAAGGAUGAGAAUGCUGCUGACCGUUUACUGACCAAGAACAAAGUAUUAGAGACUGACCGGCAAACUUAUCAGGGUGUAGCCAAUGGUUUAGGUAAAGAAGCUACACGCCUGAUAAAAAUUGGGUACAAUGAUCCUUCCAUGAUCCGCAAAACUCAGGAUGGCCUAUACGAGAAGUUGAAUCAAUUGAAGCGUCUCUCAGCAGAGCAGCGAACCAAAUUGGAAGAAUCUAAGAAAUUACAUGCUUAUUGGCGUGAAAGUCAUGAUUUUGAACAGUGGAUUGCAGAACAAAUGCAAAUUGCCAUGUCUGAAGAAUAUGGUGAAGAUUAUGAACACUUUGAGGUUCUACGAGAAAAGUUUGAUGAAUUUAAAUGGAACAUUGAUGCUGGACUUGAACACUUGAAUCGAUGUGAACGAUUGGCAAAUGCUUUGGUGAAGGUCAAAGGACCUCAUGUCACUGAUGUACGAGACAAACAGGCAAGACUUGUUGAAGCUUGGCAGGGACUUUUAUCACAGAUUGAAAGCCGACACCAGAAACUAAUGGCAGCUAGUGUGCUGCACCGUUUUGACAGAGAUGUUGCAGAAGCUCUUGAUAGAAUCCAAGAGAAGCGCAGUACUAUUCCUGAUGAUCUGGGCAGAGAUAUCAACACAACAGCAAGUUACCUGAAAAAGCAUGAAGGUUUUGAGAAUGAUUUCAUGGCAUUAGAGGCUCAGUUACAAGUUCUCAUGGAUGACACUGCUCAACUGCUUAAGGAAUAUCCAUCUGGUGAAUUAAGAGAUAAGAUUGCUAUGUCUCGAGAGGAUGUUAUUGAAAAUUGGAGUGAACUUCAAAGAAUGGUUGAAGAUCGUAAGGAAAGAUUGCUUGCCGCUGAAGAUUACCAUCGCUUCCAAGCUUCAGUUCGAGAGUUACUAAGUGCUGCCAAUGAAAUGAAGCGUGAAAUGACUUCAGAGGUGCAGGUGAGAGACCUGCAGUCAUUGCUCAUCUUGGAAAACCGUCACCAAGAACUCAAAGCUGAAAUUGAAGCUCGCCAAAGCACUUUUUUGCAAGUUGCUGAUGCAGGAACUCGGAUGGUAGAGAACAAUCACUAUGCCAAAAAUGAGAUUCAAGAUAAAGUUGACCAAGUUUUGCUCAUGCAAGAGACACUGAAAACUCUUUGGAAUAAACGCAAAGUGGAACUGGAUCAGUUACACAAACUCCACAAUUUCCUGAGAGAUGUCAAUCAAUUGAAUCGUAUAUCCUCAUCACAAGAGGCUUACCUCAAUAGUACAGAUUUUGGACUAACAGUUGAACAAGUAGAGGCAUUGAUCCGAAAGCACACUGCAUUUGCAAAGGUGGUUAAUGCACAAGAAGAAAAGCUGGAGUUUGUCAAAGUUCAAGGAAAUGAACUUGUUAAAAACAGACAUUUUGGUUCUGCUGAUGUUCAGGAACAGAUGGAAAAUGUCAUUAAAAAACGGCAGAAGAUCAAAACACAAUGUGCACAGAGGACUCAAAACUUGGAAGAUUCUUUGUUGUAUUCUCAGUUCAGAAGAGACCAAGCAGAGAUUGAAGGUUGGAUUGAUGAUAAACUGAAAGUAACAGCUGAAGAUGAGUUUGAUGGUGGUGUUGACCUGAAUGCAAAGAUGAAGAAACUACAGAAACAUCAAGCUUUCAAUUCAGAAAUUAUGGCCAACACUGAUCGCAUUGAACGGACAAAAACGAAUGGUCUCUACCUGGUCAAGAAAAACUAUCCUAAAUCUGAAGAAAUUAAAAAGUCUAUCAACUCCUUGACAUCAAAGUGGACCCAUCUUCUGCAGGCAGCUGAAAAUCGAGGCAAGGGACUUGAAGUUGCACGUGAUCUUUUGAAUUUCUAUGAACAAAUUGAAAAAGUCAAUGCCUGGAUGAGAGAAAAGGAAACUUUAGUGAAUGCUGGUGAUUUAGGACGAGACUAUGAACACUGCUUAGAAUUGCUCAAGAAGGCAAAUAAUCAAGAAUCAGCUGGUAUCAGUGUAGACCAACAAAGAGUUCAGUCAAUCAGUAAAUUGGCUGACAAAUUAAAUGAUGAUGCCAAGGAGAAGAGAGAUUUCAUGAUAGAAGAUUGGAACCAACUCCAAGGUGCCUUGAAAAAAUAUAAAACUGAACUGGAAAACCAAUCUGAGAUUCAUGCCUUUAACAGAGACGUGGAUGACAUUAAAGACAGAAUAAAAGAAAAGGAGGUCCAGCUGUCAACUGUUGAUAACAUCAAAGAUCUUGCUGCUGUUCAACUUCUCUUACGUAAACAGGAACAAAUAGACCGGGACUUCACAGUUCUUGAAGCAGAUAUGGUGAAAUUGGGACAGCAUGCAUACAGAUUGGAACAGAAGUAUCCACACAUGUCGUCAAAUAUUGAAACAAAGCUGGCAGAAGCUGAAGACAGUUGGGAAUGCCUCCAAAAACUCCUUUCCCUUCGAAAACAGAAGCUUGCAGAAAGUUAUGAAUUGCAGAAAUUUAUUUCGGAUGCUCAAGAAUUGGUGAACUGGUCCAACAAUAUGGUAAGCCGUAUCAAUUCUGCAGAACUGGCUAAAGAUGCACUGGAAGCUGAAAAUAUGUUACAGCAUCAUCAUGAAAGAAAGGCUGAAAUUGAUGGUCGGCAUCAAGUAUUGACUGGUGUCAGGGAACAAGGUAACAAUCUCUUGGCAAAACUUGAAGCUGCAAAUGCACCAGAAGCAGCUGAUGUUGUAAAGAUGAUCAAAGAAUUGGACAAGAGUCGAUUGAUGCUAAAUGGUGCUUGGGAUAAACGUAGCAAACUCCUGACAGAAUGCCAUAACCUGCAGAUUUACAAAGAAACUGUGGAACAGGCUGAUAUUUGGCUGGCAGCAAAAGAAGCAGUUCUCAGUAACAAAGAUGUUGGUGAUACUUUGUUUUCAGUUGAAGCCUUGCUUAAGAAGCACAAGAGUUUUGAAAAGGCUUUACGAGCUCAAGAAGAUCGAAUUGAUGAUCUAACCCAAUUUGCCAGUGACCUUUGCCAGCAGCAACAUUAUGCUUCUGAUGAAAUCCAGGCUCUUUGUGAAUCUGUGGAGAAUCGGCGUCAAAAACUCUGGGCCACUUCUGCUGCUCGGAACAAAACUUUGGAAAAUUCUCGCAAAUAUCAACUUUUCCUUCGCAAUCUCUAUCAGGUAACAAACUGGAUCCAGGAGAAGUUAAAAGUGGCCACUGAAGAGUCUUACAGAGAUGCAACUAAUCUCCAGUCCAAAAUAAAGAAACAUGCUGCUUUUGAAGCAGAAUUGACAGCCAAUCGUAAUAGAAUUGAUGACAUUAUCCAGGAAGGCAAAAAACUGCUCAGUGAUGACCAUUAUGCAAAGGAAGAUGUUGAAGAAUCUCUCAAAGAAUUGGAACUUUGUUGGAAACAACUUUGGGAGACAAGUAAUCAGAAAGAUAAACAUCUUAAAGAUGCCUAUGAAGCAGUAAAUGUGAACAGAGACUUGGACGACCUCCAUGCUUGGAUGGAUGAGGUUGAAAACCAGUUGACAUCAGAAGACCAUGGAAAAGACUUGGCUGCUGUCACAUUGCUAAUUAAAAAGAACCAGCGUUUGAAACAAGAUUAUAACAACCAUAGUGAAAAAAUAAAUGAUCUUGUGGAACAUACAAGACGACUCAAUGAGGAGAAACAUUUUAUGGGUAAGGAACUUCUGCAGAGAACACAAGAAACAGCUGACCGGUACGAAUCCUUGAUUGAACCCUUUAAUAUCAGAGAUGAGAACCUAAAUGACACCCUCUCUCUCUACCGUUUUUAUCGUGAUGUUGAUGAUGAACUGAACUGGAUCAAUGAGAAGAAACCAGUUGUUGAAUCUAAAGACUUAGGAAAUUCUCUUCAGGAAGUCCAGAACCUCUUCAAAAAAUACCAGGCCAUAGAAUCUGAGAUAACUGCUCAUGAGCCGUUGAUUGAAACAGUUGCCACAUCAGCCCAAGAUAUGGUGAAAAGCAAUCAUUUUGAAGCUGCUAAAGUUGAGUUGCGCAUCAAUGACCUUCUUCAGAAAUUGCAACAACUUAAAGAAUGCUCUUCAAUGCGCAAAAUCAAACUGCAAGAUUCUAUGGAAGCCCAAAAGUUUUACAGUGAAGAUUCUGUUCAGGGUUUACUAAAGAAAUUGGAUGCACUGGAUAGAGAUAUUGAUAAUUUUGGGCACCAUAUUGGUGAGCUGGCUGCAAUCCGACACUCUCUAGUGGACAGACACCAUUAUGAUGCUUCUAAUAUCCAAAGGCAACAGGAAAAAGUAGAAAACAUGUACAGCAAUAUUCAAGAUUUAUUGUCACAGCGGAGAGUUCGAUUAAAUGAGAGCAAGCAGUACUUUGAAUUUAUGCGUGACGUUGAAGAAGUGACUAAUCGUAUCAAUGAAAAAGCUGCCAUAGCUACCAGCACAGACUGUGGCCAAGACUUGGAACAUGUGGAGAUUCUGCAGCACAAAUUUGAUGACUUCUUAAAAGAGCUGGGUUCUGGAGAGGAUCGCAUCACAAACAUAAAUCAUAAAGCAAAGGUGAUGAUUGAAGCAAACCACUAUCGGUCAGAGGAGAUUGUUGAAGAAGCAAAGAAAGUUAGCCAAUUAUGGGAAGAACUCAAUGAAAUAGCUAAAGCUCGAAAAGAAGCUCUGAUUAGUGCCCACCAAAUCCAUUUCUAUGGCAGAGAUACUCAUGACACCUUGGAGUGGAUCAAGGAGAAGGACACUGUUGUGGCCAGUGAAGAUUAUGGUCAUGACCUUGAGAGUGUACAGUCAUUACUGAGUCGACACAAUGGAUUGGAGAGAGACUUGGAAGCUAUUAGUGAGCAAGUUGAAAACAUGACAAAACAUGCAAAACAGUUGGUAGAACAAAUACCUGAUGCUAAAGAUCAUGUGGUUAACAAACAUGAGAUAAUGGUGCAAGCUUGGAAUAAUCUUGUGGAGAAGUCUUCUGUAAAGAAAGAAAAACUCCUUCAGGCUGAAAAAUUGCAGACAUAUUUCAAUGAUUAUCGAGAACUGACGGCAUGGAUAAAUGAGAUGAUGAGUUUGAUUUCUGCUGAAGAUCUUGCCAAAGACAUCGCUGGGGCUGAACUCUCAGUCAAUCGGUUUAAGGAGUUGAAAGCUGAAAUUGACAGUCGGCAAGAACCUCUCAACAAAUUCAAUCAAAUUGGCAAGGGAUUAAUUGAAAAUGGACACUUUUUAUCAGAAGAAAUCCAGCAGAAGAUUGAACAAUUGAAUGAAGCAUACAAGAAACUUCAGCAAACAUGGAAAGAAUACAAAGAGUAUCACGAAGAUAAUCUUGAUGCACAGCGUUUCCGCCAUGACAUGGAUCAAUUUGAUGCAUGGAUGUCGAUCCGUGAACCUACAGUGAAUGACAAGAAUUAUGGAGAUUCAAUUCCAGAAGUUGAAGAAUUGAUUCGAAGACAUGAAGACUUUGAGAAAACAGUUGCUGCCCAACAAGAAAAGCAGAAUAGUCUCAAGAAAACAACUAAGGUUGAAGAAACUUUGGCUAAAAAGAAACUAAUGGAGCAACAGAAGCAGUUGGAAAAAGAAUCCAGGAAAGAAAAAGACAGACUAGAAGAAAUUAAGCGUAAGGAACAAGAAAGAAUUCUUCAGGAAAGGAAAAAAGAUGAUGAGUGGAUAACAAGAGAUUCAAUGUUACAACGUUCAGAGCCAGAAGUAGGGGCUACAGAAACUGCAGGAGAUGGUCAUAAGCUUGUGCAGAAUCUCUUGAGACGUUCAGUGCGUGAAAAGACCAAUCCCCUGACACCAUCCCUCAAACGAACAUCCAGUCUGAACCGCCAGUCUUCCGUGAAUGAUGAUCUAGCUGCUUCCAGGGACAGUCCUCAGACAAGCCCCCCUAUUAUGCAAAAAAACAAACUCCCUGAUGAAUUAAACAAAGCAAAAAGAACCCCAAGCCUAAGCCUGAAAAGGCGUGCCACAAGUUUCCGUGAAAAGUACCAGUUACCAGCUAAGCUCCCACCUAGAGAGUUUGAAGGAUUUUUAGAGCGAAAACAUGAAUUACAAGCUGGUGGCAAGAAAGCUGUUGUUCGUUCCUGGAAGACUUUCUACAUAACUCUCUGUGGCAAGAUUAUGUGUUUCUUCAAAGAUAAAGAUAGUUUUAUUGACAGGAUACCAGCAGCCCAGUGUUUAAAUAUUGACCAAGCAACUUGUGAGGAGGCAAAAGAUUAUACAAAACGUAAAUACGUCUUCCGUUUACGGCUCAAAGAUGGUGCUGAAUUUUUAUUUGUGGCACAAAAUUCAGCUGAAAUGAAAGAAUGGCAAGAAAAAUUACAAUAUUGGGCAGCAGAAAGCAUGCAUGGAGUGGAUCUGGAUUUAGAUUUAGACAUGGAUAUUGGGGAUGACUGGGAGUCUCCCCUUCAGUUGACAACCUCAUCACCGCCACCACAAUCACCCAAAUCACUAGGAGCUCUGGACACAGCUGAACCUGAGAAAACAAAAACAUUUGUUGGGCAUCACCAAAUUUCUGAACCAUUACCCGAAGAUGGUUCCCUCCAGCUGCCCUCUCACGAAGAACCCCACCCUGCACUGCCAAACAGCCAGACCUUACCUCCUCAGCUUCACUCCUCACCCCAACAGCAACAACCUAACCCUGUUGAAAAUGAUUACAGAUUCCCAAGGGUGGGCAGAACCACCCAAAUUCACCCAGAAGCACAAAUUGGAAAAGAUGGAUUCUCUGAUCGUGACUCUUCUCCAGAAUCCUUACAUUCUUCCAGAAAACCUGAAGUCGUUAGGCACCAGAAACUGGAGGCAAAUGGGGAUGAAUUUAGCAACAAGUUACCUGUGAGUGGUUACCACAUAAGUAAUGCACCAUCAUCUUCAAUGAAUCCAAGUUAUACAGACAUUACCCGUUACUCUUCCUCUGAGGUUCCCAGCAUGCACCAUUCCAUGUCAGAUUUACAUGGUUUCGAUGAGGAUGGCCACUCAAAACUAGACAAGGAAAAGAAGAAGAAAGGAUUUUCUUCGUUUUUUAAGAGAAAGAAAGAUAACAAAGAUAACAAGAAAUAA